AUGGAAGAAAAAGAUAAGGACAUGGACAAAAUGAGACAAGAGAUUAAUAAUCUUGGGGAACAAGUUUCAAAAAUACUGGAAUUGCUUUCAAUGGGGAAAGGAAAAUCCGUUGUAGAUACAGCACAAUCAAGCAAUCCAAUUCAAGACACAGAUGAUCCUAUUUAUCCUCCAGGAUUCACUCCAUACCACAUAAAUGUUCCGCAGUCUCAAACCACUCAACACUAUGUUCCUACGAAUCCGCUAUAUGUUGUUCCACCCAUUAUCCCAGGUAUAGAACAUUUGGAAGCUCAGGCUAAAAUUCAAGACAUGGAACAAAACGAGAACACUCCGGCUAAGCAAAAGUUAGAUGUUUUGGAAGAAAGGUUGCGAGCAAUUGAAGAGACUGAUGUCUAUGGAAAUAUAGAUGCAAUACAAUUGUGCUUGGUGCCAGGCUUGAUCAUUCCAGCAAAGUUUAAAGUUCCUGAAUUCGAUAAAUAUGAUGGAUCAACGUGUCCAAGGAGUCAUCUUAUAAUGUACUACAGAAAGAUGGCGACGCAUAUUAAUAAUGAUAAAUUGUUAGUCCAUUGCUUCCAGGAUAGCUUGACUGAUCCAGCUAGUCGAUGGUAUAUUCAAUUAGAUAAUGCACACAUUCACGUUUGGAAGGACUUAGCUGAUGCAUUUCUAAAGCAAUACAAACACAACAUUGAUAUGGCUCCAAACCAUUUAGACUUGCAACGGAUGGAGAAGAAGAGUUCGGAAAGCUUCAAAGAAUAUGCUCAACGAUGGAGAGAUAUGGCUGCCGAGGUUCAACCACCGUUAACAGACAAAGAAAUGACAUCUAUGUUUAUGAAUACCUUGCGGGCUCCAUUCUAUGAGCGAAUGAUUGGUAAUGCAUCAACAAAUUUUUCUGAUAUUAUUGUUAUUGGUGAAAGAAUUGAAUAUGGGAUAAAACACGGGAGGUUAGCAGAGGCUACAACUGAAUAUGGUAGAAUAAAGAAAGGAACAAUAUCAAAGAAGAAAGAAGGAGAGGUUCAUGCAAUUGGUUUUCCUAAUUUAGGGAAGCACAAAUCAAUUUUUGGUCAGAGAAAAUAUGAGCAAAACUUUCCGUCAUAUAUAAGCAAUGUCUCUCAUAUCCCUUAUAAUAGCUAUGUACCAGCCCAUACCGUCUCUGAAACUCCAAAACCCGUUAACUCAAAUUCUCCUCGACCAUUUGUACAGGGUCAAGGUAGCAAAACCAAUUCAGAUACAUGGCGGUUUGAUCCGAUUCCCAUGACUUAUACAGAGCUUUUACCUCAACUAAUUCAAAAUCGACAAUUAGCUUCUAUUCCAAUGAUUCCUAUACAACCUCCUUACCAAAAAUGGUAUGAUUCAAAUGCUCGAUGUGAUUAUCACGCUGGGGGAGUGGGACACUCAAUUGAAAAUUGUUUGGCUUUGAAAAGAAAUGUGCAAUCUCUAAUUAAUGUUGGAUGGUUGAGCUUCAAAAAAUCUGGUGAGAAGUCGAAUGUUUAUGAAAAUCCACUGCCUGAUCAUGAAAAUCCAAAAGUUAACGCUGUGGAUAGCCUUGUUGAAAAGUGCAAAAAUGAACUCCAUGAGAUAGUGAUGCCUAUGGAAGCACUUUUUGAAGGUCUUUUUGAAGCAGGAUAUGUUAGUCAUGAAUAUCUAGACCCCAACAUAAGAUAUGAAGGGUAUGAUGAAAGCAGACAUUGUAUAUUCCAUCGAGGAGUUGCAGGCCACGUUGUCCAACAAUGCCAAAAAUUUAGAUCCAAAGUACAACAACUUAUGGAUUCAAAGAUACUCACGGUCAUAACAGGUCCUUUAGUUGAUAACAUUACAGGAAUCAGGGGGAUAACCCGAAGUGGAAGAUGCUACAAACCAGAUAACUUAACAGUCCCUUCAAAUGGUCUAAUACUGGAGCAAGGUAGAAAAAAUGAGAAAAGAAAUGCGAAAGAGCAUUGCAAAGACCAAGAUGUGGAGAUGCCUAUCAUUGCAAAAGAUAUAGAAUACAAAAAGCUUGUCACAGAUGAGGAAGCAAAUGAAUUCUUGAAAAUAGUAAAACAAAGUGAGUAUAAGAUCAUAGAGCAAAUGCAUCAUACUCCAGCUUGAAUUUCUUUAUUAUCGUUGUUUUUGAAUUCAGAGCCUCGUCGCAAAGUGUUAUUAGAUAUUUUGAACAAGGCACAUGUCGGACAUGACAUUUCAGUGGAAAAGUUUAGUGGAAUUAUUGGAAACAUUACAUCUUCAAAUUCCAUAGUCUUCACAGAUGACGAAAUUCCUCCUGAAGGCUUAGGCCAUACAAAAGCACUGCAUAUUCAAUUGAAGUGCAAAGACUACGUCAUUGCAAGAGUUUUAGUGGAUAAUGGAUCAGCUCUCAAUAUAAUGCCUAAAUCUACACUAUUGAAGCUUCCCGUGGAUAUGUCACACAUAAAGUCAAGUACUAUGGUUGUGAAAGCUUUCGAUGGGUCACGCAGAGAAGUAAUGGGUGACAUUGAACUACCAGUUAAAAUUGGCCCAUGUAUUUUCAACAUAGUCUUUCAAGUCAUGGAGAUAACACCCACAUACAGUUUUUUAUUAGGACGUCCUUGGAUUCACUCCGCAGGAGUGGUGCCAUCCACAUUGCAUCAAAAAUUGAAAUUUAUUGUUGGGAGUAAGUUGAUUUGCGUGAUGGGAGAGGAAGAUUUCUUAAUAACAAAGUCAGUCUCAACUCCAUAUGUUGAAGCGACGGAAGAAGCAUUAGAGUGUUCUUUUCGCUCUUUUGAAAUUGCUCAUGCAACUAUGAUGGAAGCAACUGUAGAUGAAACACUUCUAAAAAUACCGAGCAAUGAUGGGAGGUUUGGUUUGGGCUAUAAGCCAUCCAUAUAUGACAAGAUUAGGCUUCAGGAGAAAAAGAAGAAAAAGCGUUUGGCAAAGCUGGAGAUGAGGGAGUUUGAUCCAAGUAUAAAACUUAUACCAGAAUUAUAUGAUACUUUCAAGAGUGCUGGUAUAAGUUAUUCAUCAGACAACUCUAAUUUGAAGGAUGAUUUGUUAACGAAGAUGGAAAGUUUAUCAGUUGCAGCAGUGGCACAAGAAGCAUCAUUUGAAGGCAACACAGUUUAUGCAUGUCCGCCUGAUUUUGAGCUUAACAAUUGGGAUAGUGUAGAUCUACCUACAUUUUCAAGAGAUUUUCAUGAUUCUACCCUUGAUGCCUUAAUAUACACUAUGGAAUCUGACAAGGAAAAUGACGAUGAAGAUGAUGUGGGAAUAUCCUCAGAAUUGUUAAGAAUGGUAGAAGAAGAAGAUGAGGUUCUUGGUCCUCACCAAGAACUAGUUGAAGCAAUCAAUUUGGGUUCUCAAGAGGAGUCAAAAGAGGUAAAAAUUGGCACAUCAUUGACCAGAAUCACGAAAAAACUGAUCAAUUUGUUACGUGAGUAUUCAGAUAUUUUUGCUUGGAGUUAUCAGGAUAUGCCAGGAUUAAGUACGGAUAUUGUAGUACACCGAGUUCCUUUAAAACCAGAAUGCAACCCAGUAAGACAAAAGCUACGUAAAAUGAAACCUGAUGUACUAAUUAAAAUAAAGGAGGAAGUACAGAAGCAAAUUGAAGCAGGAUUCCUCACAGUCUCGAAAUAUCCUGAAUGGGUGGCAAACAUUGUUCCAGUGCCCAAAAAAGACGGAAAAGUCAGAAUGUGCAUGGAUUAUAGAGAUUUAAAUUGAGCCAGUCCAAAAGAUAACUUCCCUUUACCUCAUAUCGACAUGUUGGUGGAUAACACUGCAGGAUACUCAACUUUCUCCUUCAUGGAUGGUUUUUCAGGAUAUAAUCAGAUCAAAAUGGCUGAAGAAGAUAGAGAAAAAACGAGCAAAGUAAUGCCUUUUGGUUUGAAAAAUGCUGGAGCAACGUAUCAGCGAGCAAUGGUUACACUUUUUCAUGAUAUGAUGCAUAAAGAAAUAGAGGUGUAUGUUGAUGAUAUGAUUGCAAAAUCCAAGACAGAUGAAGAUCAUACAACCACACUCCAAAAAUUAUUUGAUCGGUUGAGAAAAUAUCAAUUGAAAUUAAAUCCAUCCAAAUGUACAUUUGGGGCAACUUUGGGAAAGCUACUGGGAUUCAUCGUCAGUGAAGAAGGGAUCAAAGUGGACCCAGAUAAAGUAAGGGCUAUCAUGGAAAUGCCAUCCCCUAAAACAGAAAAAGAAAUUCGAGGUUUUCUGGGAAGAUUGAACUACAUAUCCAGAUUUAUCUCAUAUUUAACACCAACAUGCGAACCAAUCUUCAAGCUCUUACGUAAAAACAACCCAGGAAAAUGGAAUGAGGAUUGUGAAGAAGCUUUCAACAAAAUUAAGCAGUAUUUGCAGAGCCCACCAGUACUGAUACCUCCAGCUCCAGGACGACCGUUAAUCUUGUAUUUAACAGUAUUAGAAAGUUUCAUGGAUGGUGUUCUAGGACAACAUGAUUUAUCAGGGAAGAAGGAGCAUGCCAUUUAUUAUUUGAGCAAAAAGUUUACCGAUUAUGAAUCUAGAUACUCAAUGUUAGAGCGAACUUGUUGUGCUUUGGUAUGGACCGCUCAUCAUUUGAGGCAAUAUAUGUUAUACCACACGACAUGUCUUAUUUCAAAAAUAGAUCCAAUAAAAUAUUUUGAGAAACUGUCAUUAUCUGGAAGGAUUGCAAAAUGGCAAGUUUUAUUGUCAGAGUAUGAUAUUGUUUAUGUCACCAAAAAAGCAAUAAAGGGAAGCGCAGUUGCUGAUCAUUUAGCUGCUCAACCAGUAGCAGAUUACGAACCUAUGAGAAUUGAUUUCCUGGAUGAAAACAUAUUUCUAGUUGAAAACAAUGCUAGAGAUCAUGAGACAUGGACUAUGCUUUUCGAUGGUGCCUCAAAUGAGUUGGGACAUGGGAUUGGAGUUGUGCUAAUUUCUCCAGAAGGAAAGGUUUUCCCCCUAACGGCCAAGUUAUGUUUUGAAUGCACUUACAAUAUCGCUGAAUAUGAAGCUUGCAUUAUGGGACUUCAAGUAGCAUGCGAUAUGAGUAUUAAAAAGUUGAAAGUUUUGGGUGACUCGAUGUUAGUGAUACAUCAAGUCAAGGAAGAAUGGGAAACAAGAGAUGCUAAAUUGGUACCUUACAGCCAAUACGUUACAUAAUUGUCUCAAAAGUUUGAGAAGAUUUCAUUUGACCAUGUUCCUAAGGAAGACAAUCGAAUGGCGGAUGCAUUAGCCACUCUGGCAGUGAUGUUUGAUCUUAAUCUUGAAUUUGAACUUCAUCCAAUCCAAAUUACAAAGCGAGAUGUGCCAGCAUAUUGCAUGAAUGUUGGAAAUGAUAACAAGCCAUGGUAUUUUGACAUUAAGCAAUACAUAAAGUGUAGAGAAUAUCCAUAUGAAGCUUCAGAAAAUGACAAACGCACAAUAAGGAGGUUGGCCAUGAACUUUUUCUUAAGUGGUGAAGUUCUUUAA